CGAGAGGAAGUGGCGGCCGCAGCCGGGGGAGGCUAGCGCUGUGUCUGCGCGGGCGGGAGGCAACGGCUGAGGCAGGCGGUGGUAGCGUGGGUUGGGCUCAAGCAGACGGCCGCACCUCAGACUCCCUGGAGCGGGAGCCCAGGCGGGCGGGCUCCUGAAACAAAGAGAAGCGGGAGUCCGGACGCCGCGGGUGGGCGGUCAGCCGGUCAGCGCUAGAGCCCGCCAGCGGGUGCCCGCGCUAGCCUGGAGCGCGGCCGGCGCGGCCUGAGGGCGGGAAGAUGCCGCGCGUCGUACCGGACCAGAGGAGCAAGUUCGAGAACGAGGAGUUCUUCAGGAAGCUGAGCCGCGAGUGUGAGAUUAAGUACACGGGCUUCAGGGACCGGCCCCACGAGGAGCGCCAGACACGCUUCCAGAACGCCUGCCGCGACGGCCGCUCGGAGAUCGCUUUUGUGGCUACAGGAACCAAUCUGUCUCUCCAGUUUUUUCCGGCCAGCUGGCAGGGAGAACAGCGACAAACACCUAGCCGGGAAUAUGUUGACUUAGAAAGAGAAGCAGGCAAGGUAUACUUGAAGGCUCCCAUGAUUCUGAAUGGAGUGUGUGUUAUAUGGAAGGGCUGGAUUGAUCUCCACAGAUUGGAUGGUAUGGGUUGCCUGGAGUUUGAUGAGGAGCGAGCCCAGCAGGAAGAUGCAUUAGCACAACAGGCCUUUGAAGAGGCUCGAAGAAGAACUCGAGAAUUUGAGGAUAGAGACAGGUCUCACCGGGAGGAAAUGGAGGUGAGAGUUUCACAGCUGCUGGCAGUAACUGGCAAGAAGACAGCAAGACCCUAGUCCUGGCUCUAAUUUAGGCGGCGGUGGUGAUCUCAAACUUCGUUAACUGGAGCACAGCACGUGUGACCCCAUCUUUACACACACACUGCUUCUAGUUGGUAUAAAUAACUCAUUGUGCGACCAGAAACUGUGAUAACUAGAGGUACUACAGUAUACUUUAUGACCUGAGGCAGUAAAGACAUCAGCUGCCACGGUUUUGCACUAUAAUACCUGCAUUUCUGAUUUUUAAACAUGUAGCCAGUAAUAAUUUGAGAUUUUUUUCUAUGCAAGCUUAUCUUGUUGGCAUUAUUUUAGUUGGGUUGAAAGUAUCUACUUUCUUCAUUUUAACUUAAAAGUUCAUGUCAUUUAGAAACAAGAUAAGAAAUUAAAAUUUGUAUCAGGGUUGCUUAAAAUUCUUUUAUACUUUCAGACGAGUUGGUUAUACAGCUUUCCUUCUUAGACAAGGCUUCUUGGCUUUUGUUUGUUUCCUCUGUAUCAUUUCGUGUUUUUGUAUUCUGCACCGUUUUACAAAUGAAGAUGUGUUUGCAGGAUUUUUUUUUUCCAGCUAAAAACCUAGACUAGAGCUUUCUUCCAUGGCCUCCUAAAAAGAAAGUUUACAGUUGUCAAAGCCACAGUAUCCUUUUAAAUGCUAACAAUCACCCUUUCUUUCCCUUUUAAACAUAAAAAUUUAAGUUAGUAUUAAAUUUUGUCUCAGACCUUGUUUCAAGUUGGGUAGAGAUAUUCUUCAUAGGUGAUAAUGCUCUACAGAAAUGCCCAAAGAAGUCACAAACUGGCUUCUGUUUUAUUCAGGGAUUUUUUUUUUUAAUCAGUCAGAAAAAGGAUACUGGAACUUCUUGUAUGUAACAGCAUAUUAAACUGGAGGCAGUGAUAAAUCAGUUACACAGGUAAAUUGUGUUAAAAUAAUGUUUAAGAUAGCUGCUUUCAUGUGUAUUUUGUAUUGCAUGCUUUUGUAGGAACAAAAUUGGGUGAUGAAGAUUAGUCAUAGAAAAUGUUCAUAUGUGCAGAAGAUACAUUUUCUUCCAUUAAUUCUGGGCAAAACAUUCAGUUAUAUAUGAUGGUAUUUUACAAAAGGACUAUUAAUAGUGCCUUUUGAGAUGAAUCAGUGUAACAAUAUUUUUAAAACAGGCUUAAGUGUCAAAUUGCAAUUUUUUAAAAUAUAAAACUGGAAAAAAGUGCUAAGUCAUUGGCACAUGCUUACAAUACUUUUCGUGGUCAUAUUCAUUAAAUGUUACUACAUUUCUGAAUUUUUGCAAAAAUGUAUUUUAACAUAAAAUGGCAUUAUUUUAGAGAAUUUUAAAAACUGACAUGGUCAAUUCAGAAAAGUCUGAAUAAGGUCAUUGCAUUUAAAAAGCAUAUAAAGAUACUUGAUUGUGGAGGUGUGUCUUUCAUUGUAUAUAGGUCUUAUAAUUCAUAAAAAAUACCCUGUACUCAAAAUAAAAAUAUUUGUUAUAUAUUUGAA